AUGAGACUCUUGUGCUACUUCUUACAACUCAUUUCGGUGCUGAUGGUCAUCUCUGCAGUACCAGUUUACGAAAAACAAUAUAAUGGAAUUUUUGGUAAACUAUGUGAUGUUGCUGUCUCCAGAAUGAAGAAGUUUGGUGAAUGUGUUUCUAAAAUACCAGAAUUCAAACAAUUGAACUCUUCAUUUUGGUACCAAGCUGCUGAAAAAACCCUUUGUGGUGAAAACGUCAAAGCCAGCGUGAAUAAUACACAUAGCAGAUUAUAUCUCCCUGGAGCUUCUCUUCCUAUAGGAGCAAUAGAAUUAGCAAGACUUCCCAAUAACGAUACUACUGGCGAAUUAGAUGCUCAGUAUUUAUUCAAUUUGGCUAAUACUACAAUGCAAAGGCCAUUCAAAAACUGGGGGGUUGAUACAGUCGCCAAUAAGAAAAACCUUGAUGCUAAUGAUACAGAUCCGCUCAGCCCAACCUUCGGCAAAGCUCAAUGCAUGAAUCUAUGUAGCUUAAUUCAAGAAAGCAUAGACCAACUUCAAUUUUGCUGGUCCAUUAUCAGCAUGACAGUGAUAUACGGGGUUUGUGAGGUUGGAUGCACUAUUUUGUGA